AUGGCUAGGUUGGAGGAAAAGACAUCUUAUAUUAUUCACUACAUCAAUUUGAAACAAGUCAUGGUAAACGGUCUUGUCGUUAAAAAAGUAAAAUCAUUUUUAUUUUUUUUUUUUUAUUAAUUUUAUCUAUUGUAUUUUUUGUAUUAUUUAUGUGACAGGUUCAUAGGGUUAUGCAGUUCAAUCAGUUACUGUGGUUGAAGGAUUAUAUUGACUUGAAUACCGAGAUGAGGAAGUAGGCGACUAAGGAAUUUGAGAAAGACUUUUACAAACUUUUACAAACAACGUUUAAACACUGUACUUCCUACAAGGAAAAUCUAUGUGUAGUAAUACUAGAGAACAAAAUAAUAUACUUCUACAAACCAAUUAAUAUAGGUAAGAACCUCAUUUAAAAUUAUAUAUUAUAUAUUAUUUAAGAUCUAAUAAUAAUGUUUGUAUUCAUAUGUUUACAAGAUUUGCUGUGCUGGACAUAUCCAAGACCAAAAUGUACGACUAUGAUUAUAAUGUUAUGAGGAAGCAUUUCAAAGACACUAUCAACUUGAUGUACACUGAUACAGGUAAAUUGUUAUUAUUUUUUUUUUCUUAUACAUAUUAUAUUGUUUUUCAGAUCCGUUGGUGUACCAUAUUGCUACGAGGGACUUUUAUGCUGACUUACUAACUAGAUCAGGGCUUUUGUAG